UUUUCGCCUUCCACUUAUUUUUACCUUUUUUUGCAGGCACAUUCUUUCUUAUCUUAUCCGUCAUGUCCACAACGCCGAAAAGUGAAGAAAGUGAUAAUUACUCUAAUGACGGAAACAAUAAAAAACAAGUUGAACUUGAUAGCUUCAUCAUAGAUCUGUUAAGCAAGCCUUCAGAAAGGAUGUUUCUUUUGAAGUUAGAACAAGACUUGAUGCAAUUUAUCAGAAAUCAUCAGCAAGUAUCCUUAAAAAAAUAUAUAUAUCCAGUUUAUAUUUAGCAAAGCAUAUUCAUUUAUUUAUUUUUUUUUUUACUGACCUUUAUUACUAUCAUUAUCAUUAUGUUUAUUUUAGAAUGUAUCGAUUAGAUUUACCUCAAAUGAAUUCAUAUCAAAGACUUAUGGUUCAUAAAGUGGCUCCCUAUUUCCAUCUUAGUCAUUUUUUUGACCCUUUACGACAAUCCAUUUUUUUAUGUAAAAACCCUCAUACGGAUGUGCCACCAGCUAGCUUUAUAGACUUAGUUAGCUCACCCGAAGAGCAACAACAAUCACAGCAAUCUACUUUUAAAAUCAUGAAAAGGACACCGUUAUCAUCACAGCAUCAACGUCGAAGGCAGCAACAAGAUAGUAAUCAACAAGAUAUGUCAAUAGAAGAACGAAAAAAAGGAAUGACUUAUGAACAAAGAAAAAUGGCUUAUGAAGAGGCAAGAGCUAGGAUAUUUAGUGAUUUGGAAGAACAACAAACACAACAACCAUAGCAUCUAUCAUUUAACACUAUAUUACCCAUGUUUGACCUGCAAAAAAGUUGGGAGGAUUAUUUAUUAUUUAUUAUUUAAAAAUGUUGUCUUCAAUAAACCAAUAUUAUGCUUUUUGAACAUCAAUAAAGAAUCCAUAGUAUCUAUCUAUC